AUGACUACCGUUUUACCGGCAUGGAAAGUGGAACUGAUAGAAAAGAAGAAGAGAAAGGAACAAGACCAGCGACAGAAGCUCGAACAAGAGAAAUUCCGCAAAACAUCUAUCCCAGAAUGGAAGCGAUCGCUGAUAGAAAAGAAAAAGGAGAGUACCAUCGAUUCUCAGGAAGUUAAGGAACAAGCCUCACAUGUCAAUACUUUGUUUGGCCCACGGAUUGUACGUAAGGCAUCGCAGACCAAUUCAUUGGUCGUAAAUUCAAGCUGUAAGCAAGUUGUCAAGAAUGGAGAAGUAGACAAGACGAGAAAGAUUGUAAAUGAUAUCAACGCGAGCCAGGGUGGUCCUGCAUUGUAUUCAAGCCCCGCCGACACAAAUAGUUGUGUUACCAAAGGUGUCGAGAUUCCGACAGAACUGGAACACAAACCAAACAAACCGGGCACUCGAAUAGAGAUCGAAAGCAACCAGGAAAGUUCACAACGAGCGAAUUUUAUUGCAAACGGAGUGGACUUAAAGGCAACUUUGAAUGAUGAUAACCCUUCCGUUUUAAACCCUAACAACGACAUUAGACACGUCAAGACACCAUCUGUUCUUAGCUAUCGACGAAUGUUCGAACAUUCGAAACCAGAAAUAAACGGCGAAACGAACGUGCCGCGACUCCUUAAAGGCACCGAAAAUAAAGCCCGUGUUCGAAGCGAUAAGAGGACUGUAGAAAGUGCCUUAGGCGCUGCUAAUGGCGAAUCACAUCAAUCUUCCUCACAAUUGCAAAUUUUGACCACAAGUGCCGUGGACAGUGUACAAUCAAUCCCUGAAACUGACAAUUCAUCAAGUUUGCACGUAGAUUCGAUCGAACGAAAAUCAUCUAUUCUAAGACCUUUUGUCGCCCCUAAACCAUACAAAAAUUAUGUCGCUACUCCUCCGUGGCUUAAACACGAUGCAUCGAAAAAUUCUGCGUUCCUGGCUGGCAAGGAAGAGUUACUGGUAGCUAAUGUUAAUGGUGAAGUACCUAAUGCCACAAAAGAUUUGGAAACUUUAGGUCACAAGAAAGAUGUGGUUCUUGAUUCUAAAGGGGAAGAUGAUUUUGAAAAUUUUGAUGGACAGCCACUGCGAGCCAAGUUUAACGAUCACAGUGAUCUGGUCAUACCUCUCAUAGAUUCACAAAGAGAAGAAGCUUUACAAACAUGUGCUCAGAAGACAAUUGUACCACAGGAACAAAGUCUACAGAAAUAUUUACUUGUCAAGAAUACAGACUCAAAAGAGGAAGUGAGAUCCUUUAAGUCUGAUGAAAAUGUUGACAAACAAAAGUACAUUCUGAUGGAAGGGAAAAGUCAACAAGAAUUAAUUUCUUCCAAUAAUGUAGACAAAAAAAUAGCUAGUGCCACUCUAAACAAUGUUUCCAACGUUCCCCAUGAAUCUUCAACUCCCAAAGCAGAUGAUAUUUUAAAUACAAGCUCUAUUGAUUCAUUGCGGAGUAAGUUUGGUGCAGUGGGUGGUUUUCGAAAACGGACCCCAUCUGAAGAAAAUCUCUCUCUGGGAGGUAGUCAGUCUGAACCAUUGAGUGAACAGGGAUGUGUUAUACAUAGGUCUGCAGAGUUAAAGAGACCUGCUCCUCCCAUGAAGAGAUGGUCAGCAGAUGUUUUAAGUUUGAUGUCAAAACCAAUCGAUGAUGAUGAUGAUGAUGGAGAUGUGUCAAAUCUGUCUCCUCGCAGUGACACUAAAUCUGCCCUUUCAUCAGCUAACAGUCAACCCAAGAGACCACCUGCUCCUACAAAGAGAUGGACAGCAGAUGUCAUGAGUGUAGUGUCACCACGGACUGAUGACCGAGCCAUAAAUUCUUCACCUAGAAGCGACUCUAGCAAGAAGUCUUCACCAAGCAGCAGUCUUGAAAGAGGCAAAUCAUCAUCACUGAUUGAUGUUAGAGAAGAUGCAAGUCAUGAGUGCUUCCAGCAUAAAUCGAAUGUUGCUCAUGGGAUUGAACACCGUGUAAACAAGCUGAUAAGAAGAGCAUCAGUGUCAGACCUGUUGCUUGUUGAUGAUGAAGAAUCAGACUCAACAACUGAAGAUGACCCUAUAAGUGAGGCAUACUUACAUGGCACAUUUGAGAAUGAAAUCACCUCCACCGAUCAUUUAUUUACACCAAAAGAAAAUGACGAGUUUUUGCCAACCACUGUUCAUUCACCUGACCAAGAUAUCAAACCAGUAUUUGCACGAAAGCGUAGUGUUUCAAGUGACAUUGAGCACAGGGUUACAGAACUUCUUCAUAGGCAGUUAUCACAGCAAUCAGACAAUGAUGAUUCAGAAGAGGAAAAGACCUUAGAAAGUGAUUCAAAAGUGACUGUUGUCAAGGUGGAGGACAGUGUCAAAGAACUGACUCCAGAAUCACUGAAAACUGAGACUGUGCAUUUAGUUGAGACCAAGCCAGUUGCUCCUGCAGACCCUGAGCCUGCUGAGGCUUCGGAGCAGAUCAAGCCAGCGAGGGGGUCUGUUCAUAAGCUGUCAGCAUUGUUUGGUUCCAGUAUUUGGAAACCAAACAAGAAAGACAAGAGCGCACAUGAAGAAAAAUCCAAGAAAAAAGUUAACUAUCUGGACAUGUCACAUGCUCCAGUGAAAACAGGCAAAAAAAGCUCAUCAGAGGAAAAGGUUGAUAGCAAGAAAUCCACUCUCUUUAACAGGUCUAACAAGACAGAGGCAAAGUCAGUGCAGAAGGAGAAACAGCAGUCAAUAUUUCCUUGGAUGAAAAAGAAUAGCAAGGAUAAAGAGAGUACACCAAGCCAUAAAACAAAAGAGGUUAUGGACAGAAAUCAAAAGAACAAUAGUGGUCACCCAAAGGAUAAUUCUGAAACAGUAUCACUCACUUCUCAUGGUUUACGACCAGUGGGCAAGACUGGAAAGGUGGAGCAGCGGUUGGUGGGUAAUGUUGUUAUAAUAAGUGAUGCAAGCCAUGACAACACACCUCCAAAGGGUGUUUACCACAAACCAAAAUCAAGUGUUCAGAUUUCUGAGCCACAGAAAGAGGAGAGUUAUAUGGGGAAAGUGAACCAUCCAAAACCAGAGGAGAAAAGAGCUGAAAUUUGUACUUCAGGUGUUGUGACCCAGGAAUGGAAUGGAAAUUUGCAGAGCUCAGAAGUGGAAAAGAGCAUGAGUGAGUCAGUUCCAAUAACAUCAAUUGAUGAGGUGCCAGUAUCUGCCAUUGACAUCCCAGAGUUGCCCCAUGAUAGUGAUGUCACUGUAUCUGUGAUUGAUGUUCCACCUUCUCCAGAUGUCCGUAGUUUCCAAAAUGUUUCCUCUGUGAAUGGUUUCCAAGAGAAAGUGGAACACACUGAUGAUGAUGUUCAUAUUUCAGUGAUUGAUGUGCCAUCACCUGUUAUCAAUGAACAGACAAAUGCCUUCCAGGAUGGGUACUUGGAAACAGAUGAAUUUUCUGAUGGCAGUGAUGUGGAUGAUGUGGAAGGAAGCUAUGAUUUUGCCACUGGUGAAGUGACACACCUAGUUAAUGGUGACAUUUCUGAGGAUGAGGAUGAGGAUGAGGAGGAUGGUGAGGAAGAACAGGAGGAGUACAAUGACAAUGAAGAGGAUGUACCUAUAUCUUACAUAGGAGCUGCCCCUCAAUAUCCAGUACCUCAAGUGGUCUUUAACUCAGAACCAGUCAAGUUAAAGUCAUGUUUAAGUCCAAAGACAGAGAGAAGGAGGGUAAGUCUCAUCCCAAUUUUUUUAUACCCUUUCCCUCCCAAUAUCUCAGUUAUAGUAAUUAUCCUUUUUGUCUUCCAAACAAUACCUAUAUUAGUUUAGAGAAUUUGGUUUUGGAUUGACUCAUUAUUCCCCAAAUUGAUAUUUUCUUUCUUCUCAUCACCUCUUUGUUCAUAUUGUAGUGAUAUUGUAAGGAGAUAUUCUGUCUUGGUCAAUCAUGGGAGUUAAAGGGUUGUUGGAGCUACAUCAUGGUUUUUCACUUUAAAAAAAUUCAUUUUCAAUGUACAAAAUUCAUCAUUUGUAUUACUGUGUUUAUCUUUAUUAUUGUUAACCAUUCUAAUCCUUCUUUGUGUUUUCUUUCUUCUUUUGUGUCUGGCUAUCUUAAGUUAGCAAAAUCAAUGAUGAUUUCAUAGUUUUUUUGCUGGUUCAAGGCAAUCUUCCUUGACUCUCAAUAAAUUGCAAAAGGACUCAAAAUAUUAUGACACAGAUUCUUCAAGUAGAUGCAUUUAUGCCACUGUGUAGCUGUGGUUGUGAGAUAUUUUCAUGUGAAUGGAGACAAUUCUAAUAAGCCUUUUGUUGUUGGUGAUGGAAAAACCACUCAAACCACCAUAAAAGAAAACUAGAGGUGUGAAAUGAAAUAGUAAACAUUCCCUAACCCUUUCAUUUUCAGUUAAACUAUUAUAAUUUUAUACUAAAAAGUAAACAUUUAGUUUUGUAAAUUUGCAUCAUUUGACCUUCACCACUUAGAUUAAAAUUUGCCCAUUUGCCUCUUCAUGGUUAUACCAAUUAAAUUAGGGAAAAAACCUCAAUACAAACUAGUCUAAGAUAUAUUUCUUUUCCAUGAAAAUGUGAGAAAAAAUGGAGACCAUUGUUUCCAGACUAAGAAUUGUUGACAGCAGAUGGUUUAAUAUCCAUUUCAUUAGGUCAUUCCAAUUUAUAUUAAAUUUAAAGUGGCAAUAAACAGUUUUAAUUAGUAAUGAAAUGUAUUUGACAUUGGGGAAAAAAAAGAAAUCAUGCAAGGAGUAAUCUUUACUUAAAUAGCUGUUUUGUUUUAUUAGUAUUGAAUAUUUAAAUUAGUGUAAAUAAUUCAUAAUUUUUACUUGUCCUUGGCUGGAUUUUCUUUUAACUUUUGAGCCAGGAAAAUUUUUUCACUUUUGAAAAUAUUCAAUAUUGUUUUUGUACCUGAUGAAAACUAAUUAUGGAAAACAGACAUUUUAACAAAAAAGCAUUAACUGUCAAAACUUAUGCAAGGCUUUUUUCACUAUAGUGCUAAAUUUUACUAUUUCCAUAAUAUUGAUGAAUCAAUGAAAUUGUGUGUUAAAUUUUAUUAUUUGGGGUUUUUGUUUUGUUUUGUUUUGUUUUUUUGUAGAUCUUAAAGAGAUACUCACUUAUGAUUUCAGACCAUGAAAACUUGAACCAAACGGCUUUUUAAAAAGAAUCUUUCCUUUAUUGCUCAUCAUUUGUAAUUUGAUGAAAUCUUUAAGAGCUGCAUUUUGCAUUAAAUAUUCAGCAAAUAUUCAACCUGGCCCACCUGCAUUUCUUUACCAAGAUAAAAAAAAUGUCUGUGAUAUUUAAAUAUUAAAUAUUAAUGUAGUAUUUCUUUUGUUCACAGUAACACAUACAGAUAAUUACUUUUAAAGCAGCUUAUCACUUGAAAUUCAAUACAUCAGAUGACCUUAAAAUAGCUUUUACACAGAAAUCAAUGUUGAUUUGAGGAUUACCUGUGAUUCUCAGUAAAGGGAAAAUGUUUUUCAUUUUGCUAAUGAAAAUUAUUUAAAUGUGUCUUUAUUAACUACCAUGUCAUUAAAACAUGUCUCAUUUCUCUUUCCUAAGAACAUGAAUUGAUAAGUCAUGGUAACUGUCAAGGCAACUGUGUAUUUGUCAAUAAUUUUUCCUUUUAAGCACCAAUAUAAAAAAAACCCUAAAAAUCCUUCAAGAAUAUUUAAGCAGAGGCAAAAGACUAGAUUGUUAGUGUCUGAAGUAUUACUUACUAUGAUUUUUCAGUUUUUAUGUUAACACAGGUGUAGUUUUGAAAUAUACACUUAAAAAAAUAACAUGUGAAGUUCUCUGACUAGAUUGUUCAAUUGUCAAAUGUAAAUAUACAUGUGAAAAUUUCAGCCUACUCUGCAGUUGAGAAUAUAGCAAUUAAUCCAAACCUUGCACAAAGUUGACAUUGUCUGUAGACUAUGAAUAUAUGGAUUUUUUUUCCACACAAUGUGGAAUCAAUAGUCACAUUCAUUGACCGUCCAUUAUGAAUCAGCAACUGUUUUUUUUGUUUUUUAUUUUUCAUGAAAUUUGAAAAAGAAAUGAGUAUUUGUAAUGUACACCUGCUGAAUAGGUGAAGGCUUCUCAACAAACUUCCUUUGAUGUAUCAACAUUAGAUUUAAAUCAUUAUUGUUUGGAAAUAGAUGAAGGAAACUGAAGAAGCAUGCUGAUUGGAUUUCUUUGUGUCCUCUGAACAGCUCUUAACUUCAUUGUAAGGAGCCCUUUGAAUCCAGCAAAAACUUUAAAGUCAAACUCAAGCAUAGAAAAAUGCCCUAGAGCAAAUUGCAACAAAUUGUUUUUCCACACUUUGUUUGCUGUUAUUCCUUUGGGAAUAAAAGUUAAGUUUUUUGUCUUGCAAUGUAGUCACAUAUAAUGUAGAUUGUGAUGUUUCAACUGCAUACUGCUAGUCUUCUUCAGGCGAUGAGGUACUUGACUGGUCAUGCAUGAUCUUAUAAAGCAUGAUGCUCUGCUGUGAUAAGUCGUUUUUCAGCAGCUCUGCUUGGUGCAUUUCGAUCCUUGCUGUUUCACUCAGUGAUUUGCUCCCUCUGCAGUCUGCUGUUGCAUAGCUCUCCUGUUGUUGUGUUUUUUGAUCAUGGGCAUUUGCGCUUCUGGAAUUUCUAUUCCACUAUCCCUUUUGAUGUUAGGGUAAGUGUUAUAAGACACAAAACGUUGUGAUCUACAUCAUAUGUGACUACUAAACUUUUUUUACAAAAUAUUCCUUUGGGGUUUCUUAAUUAUUUGCCUCAAGUAAUUAAGCCACAAAACUGUUUUGUUGACAAUGAAAAGUCACACAUCAGCAGAGAUCUUAAUAAAAACAAUAUCACUUUGAUUUUCAGGUGAACAAAGUAAGAGUUUCUUUCAAGAGCACUCAUACAGUACAUGACUAUCCUUCUGAAGAAACUGUUGCAUCAGUCUAUGAUGACUAUGAAAGAAAUGGCUCUAGGGAAAUAAAAACCUUGCAAAAUUAUCAACCUCCUGGCCUGGUCAAUAUGGAAAAGCAAAUUGGGCAGAUGGGAGGCCAUUUUCAAGACCCUGUGACAACUCCACAACAGGCUGGUAAAAGCAUUGUCACUGUUAAUGAGAGUCAUUCAGAGAUCAAGUAUGCUGAUGAAGGACAAGGCUUCACAGAUUCUACUGAUUAUGCAAGUGCUCUGUUGUUUUAACUCAUACACAGUGAGAAAAUUUUCAGGAUGUUGGUAAAUUGUGCUCACCCAUGAAAACCCAUCCACAUUAACAUUAUUUUUCAAGCUUUAAAAAUUGGACUUCAGGAGCUAAUGUUGAUAAUUUAACUAAUGAGCAUCUUUUCAAAAAUAGAG